AUGCUAAAGUUGUCUGUGAUGAGAUUCAAACUCACCUUUGGGUUGCUAGACGUUCGCGUUAUACGCCCACCCAUCAACCCCGUUCGAGUUAUACGCCCACCCAUCAACCCCGUUCGAGUUAUACGCCCACCCAUCAACCCCGUUCGAGUUAUACGCCCACCCAUCAACCCCGUUCGAGUUAUACGCCCACCCAUCCACCCCGUUCGAGUUAUACGCCCACCCAUCCACCCCGUUCGAGUUAUACACCCACCCAUCAACCCCGUUCGAGUUAUACACCCACCCAUCAACCCCGUUCGAGUUAUACACCCACCCAUCCACCCCGUUCGAGUUAUACGCCCACCCAUCAACCCCGUUCGAGUUAUACGCCCACCCAUCAACCCCGUUCGAGUUAUACGCCCACCCAUCAACCCCGUUCGAGUUAUACGCCACCCAUCAACCCCGUUCGAGUUAUACGCCCACCCAUCAACCCCGUUCGAGUUAUACGCCCACCCAUCCACCCCGUUCGAGUUAUACGCCCACCCAUCAACCCCGUUCGAGUUAUAG